CAUGCAAGUUUGUAGUUUUCGUUUCAGCACCGCGAGGGCGCUUCGGUCUUUCUAUUCUAAAAUCUUGUCGACUGAAGAGCCGCUUUUAGUGCAAAAACGCUGAAAAAUGGUUACACAGAAGAAGCAGAAAAAGGCUUUGGAGAGCAUCAAUGCUCGUCUGGCCCUCGUGAUGAAGUCCGGCAAGUACUGCCUGGGAUACAAGCAGACACUGAAGACACUGCGCCAGGGCAAGGCUAAGUUGAUCAUCAUCGCCAACAACACUCCUCCUCUGAGGAAAUCCGAGAUUGAAUACUACGCCAUGCUGGCCAAGACGGGCGUUCAUCACUACAGUGGCAACAAUAUCGAACUGGGAACUGCCUGUGGUCGCUACUAUCGCGUCUGCACACUCUCCAUCACUGACGCUGGAGACUCGGACAUCAUUCGCACCCUCCCGGAGACCCAAACGCAGUAAAAUGUGUCUCUUGGAAGUGUGAAUAAACCUGAGAAAAACAA